GGGGGCGGGCAGGGCCGGCGCUGUGGGCAGGGCCCGGGGAGAUGACGCCGGGCGAAAGCCGGCCGAGCGCCUGCCCAGCCCCGCCGCAGGCCGAGCGGGCUGGCGGCGCUCCCCUCCGCGGCCGCGCAGGCAGCAGCGCAGGCAUGGACGUGGCCGUGGACCUGUACCUGGCCGUGCCGCUGCUCUUCACCGUCCUGGCCCUCGUCCUCGCCUCCGUCUUUGUGAAGCUGCGCGGCGGCGAGGGGCGGCGGGCGGCGGCGGCCGAGCCCCGGGAGGAGGCGGCGGCGGCGGCGGCGGCCGAGGCGGCCCCCCAGGGCGGCCCCGGCGACGAGGCGGCCCCGGCGGCGCGGGCGGCGGCGCCGGAGGACGAGGGCGGCCGGGUGCCGGUGGAGGAGGUCGGCGCGGGCGACGAGGGCAAGGCGGGCGGCGCGGCGGCCGCCGAGCAGCGGGAGGCGGCGGCCGAGCCGGGCCCCCCGGCGGCGGAGCCGGACCCCCCCGCGGCGCCCGACAGCCUCCCGCCGCAGCCGCCCGCCGAGCCCCGCCAGCCCGGGCGCCAGGAGGAUGCGGACGGCAAGGAGGAAGAUCCGGACUCAGAAAACGAGAAGCUGGUGGUGAAAGAGCCGGAGGAUGAGGAUGCUGCAGAUGAGACAUUCUCCUUUAAGUACAGUCCUGGAAAGCUGAGGGGAAACCAGUACAAGUCAAUGAUGACCAAAGAAGAACUCGAGGAAGAACAAAGGGUUCAGAGAGAGCAGCUGGCUGCCAUCUUCAGGCUCAUGAAGGAAAAAAGUGACACAUUUGGAGAGAUGUCUGAAGGAGACAUGAAGGAACAGCUUAGACUGUAUGAUAUAUAAGCUUGCAGCCAGUGGAGACUAUGCCCAGAAGUCAUCCCGGCCAUUAUGCACGACACUGGAGAGUGUACUGUUAUAAAUGUAUUUCAUUAGUUAUUUUGCUAUUCCAGGGUGUUUUGCAGAUGCAUAUAGGCCCUUGAUAUAUAUUUCUAAAGACUCAUAAUUUCUCCCCCUUUCUAUCAAUUUUCCUUGAAGAGUUAUUUUCAUCUCAUGAAGAGAUUUUUACCUCUUUCUGGCUGGGUCAUUUAUCUCAGUCAUACAAAGUAGAUAAGCUUGCAAUUUUUUUGCUUUGUAAAAAAUAUACUUUCUAACCCUAGUUGUUCAUCAAUUUGAUAUCUGAAGAAAGCCAAAGACUGAUAAAACAGCAGAUGUAAAAUGGAUGAAAUAAUAGAAUCAUAGAAUAAUUGAGGUCAGAAGGGACCUAAGGAGGUCUCUAGUCCAACCUCCUGCUCCAAGCAGGGUCAGCUAUGAGGUCAGAUUAAGUUACUCAGGGCUUUAUCCCAUCAGGUCUGGAAAACCGCCAAGGAUGGAGACUGCACAACCUCUCUGGGCAGAGAAGCUGCCAAUCCUUCAGUUAGAAAAUGAACAGCCAAAGCAAAUGCAUUAGUGCUCAGAUUAGAGGUGAGUUGCAGUUCUCAUCUCCUUGAAAGGAAUACUUCAUCCUCCUUCACACUGGCUUUCUGAAACAAACCCAAGAUGGUUCCAGUUGACCCCACUGAGCUCAUCUUCAUGCCUGAGAAAACAGCAGCUAACUUCAGCCUGGAAACAGAAGCAUCACUUUGCCUUUUGACACUGGUAAAAAUGCCAGAGAAACGUGGCCGACCUGUUUGCAAGGAUGAUUAUGUCCAACUCAGCUCCUGUUCUCUCAAUAUAAAAUUUCUGUGGGAAACUGCACACUUGAGAAAGCUCUGUGAAUUUACCAAGUGUUUUGAACAGUUUUGAUCUACUCUUGGCAGUUUGGGUUCAGUAAAUCAAUAAGCAUUCCUAAUUUUAAAUGAA